AUGCCAAUGCCAAAAACUUCUCGCUACAAGCGAACGUCUGAUAGAAGCAAGUUUAAUUUGGAAGAUGCCGUUCAGGCUAUCAAAGCAAUAAAGUUGGGAAACAAAUCUGUAAGAGCUGCGGCAGUACAAUACAAUGUGCCACGAUCUACUUUGUGGCGAUAUGUGGAACAAGUGUCGACCGAAUACGAAGACAUUUCUACUGUCCCUGAUGAUAAAUUGCAAGAAACAGUUCAACGUGUUGGUACAUACGCUGCAUGUGCCGUGAAUCAAGUGUUUACUGCCAAAGAAGAAGAAGAGCUUGUCAGCUAUGCCAAAAAAUGCAGCGACCAUUACUAUGGUUUCAGUAUCAAUGAAUUGAGAGAGUUGGCAUACCUAUUUGCUAAACAAAGACAAAUAAAAUAUCCUUCGAAUUGGGAUGACAACAAAAUGAGUGGACGUGAUUGGUACUAUGGGUUCAUGCGGCGUCACAAGGAACUUACUCUGCGCACCCACGAGGAAGCAGCAAGUUCAACUGGCAUGCACGAAGAAGUAGCGAGUUCUAAGCCUUCGACUUCCACGUCUUGUGAGUCUAGUCUUUCUACCAUUUUGUCAUCGAUUGGGCCUGUGCAAGCGGCCGCGCCAGCGAAUAAAAAAUCCAAUCGCGGACGGCGCGCAAUGAAAAGUACCAUUUUAACCUCGCCAGAAAGCCGUGACACAUUGCGUGAGAAGCAAGAAAAGCGAGACACCUCAAAGGGGCCCAAAAAACGCCCAGUAUCGAACACUAGGAAAUCAGCUCCCAAAACACCAGCGAAACGAGGUCGCCCACCAAAGAAAGUGCAAAAGCAACUUUCUUCGGAUGAAAAUGGAGAUGAAGACUUUUGCAUAAUUUGUUUGGAAAAAAUGCCUCGGAUCUUAAGUCGCAACAACUCCAUUGCGUGCAUCGAAUGCAAAAGAGAAGUGCAUUUAAAGUGCGCCAAACUCACGAAGAGUUAUUUCAUAUGCCAAAAUUGCAAAUCAGAAUAAUGUUUUCGGGAAGAUUUCGCGUCAAAACUAUGUAUUAUUA